AUGGCUCCGGCGGCGGCGGGCGCGGGGCCGCGGGGCCCCGCCGCGCUGCCGCCGCCGCCGCUGCUGCCGCUGCUGCCGCCGCUGCUGCUGCUGCCGCUGCUGGGCGCCGGGCUGGAGGUGCAGCGCAAGUUCCUCUCGCCCACCCCCACCAACAACUUCGCGCUGGACGGCGCGGGCACCCGCGUCUACCUGGCGGCCGUCAACCGGCUGUACCAGCUCUCGGGGCCCAACCUGACGCUGGAGGUGGAGGAGGCGGUGGGGCCGGUGCUGGACAACCCGCUGUGCCACGCGCCGCAGCUGCCGCAGGCCUCCUGCGAGCACCCCAAGGUGCUCACCAACAACUACAACAAGCUGCUGCAGCCCGACCCGGCGCAGGGCGUCCUGGUGGUCUGCGGCUCCAUCUACCAGGGCUUCUGCCAGCUGCGCAGCAUGGCCAACAUCUCCGCCGUGGCCGUGCGGUUCCCGCCGGGCGGCGGCGGCGGCGGCGGCGGCGGCGAGCCGGUCACCGUCUUCCCCAGCAUGCUCAACGUGGCGGCCAACCACCCCAACGCCUCCACCGUGGGGCUGGUGCUGCGCCGCGGCGGCGACACGCGGCUGCUGGUGGCCGCCACCUACACGGGCUUCGGCAGCCCCUUCUUCCCCCGCAACCAGAGCCUGGAGGACCACCGCUUCGAGAACACGCCCGAGAUCGCCAUCCGCGCCCUCAACGCCCGCGGCGACCUGGCCCGCCUCUUCACCUUCGACAUCAACCCCUCCGACGACAACAUCUUCAAGAUCAAGCAGGGCGCCAAGGCGCGGCACAAGCUGAGCUUCGUGCGCGCCUUCCUGCACGGCGGCGCCCGCCGCCCCGCGCCCGCCGCCCGCCGCCCCUACGCCUACCUGGCGCUCAACAGCGAGGCCAACGCGGGCGACAAGGAGAGCCCCUCGCACAGCCUCCUGGCGCGCAUCUGCCUGGGCGACGCCGCCGCGCCGCCGCCCAACGCCAGCGCCGAGCCCAAGAAGCUCACCGAGUCCUACAUCCAGCUGGGGCUGCGCUGCGGCGCGGCCGGCGGCUUCACGCGCCUCGUGUCCGUGUGCCCGGCGCGGGCGGCCGGCGGCGCCGAGCGCCUCUUCGGCGUCUUCGCGCGGGCGGGCGGCGGGCGGCCGCGCUCGGCGCUCUGCGCCUUCCGCUUCGCCGACAUCGAGGAGGCGAUCCGCGCGGCGCGCAGCGCCUGCUUCGCCAGCGCCGCCGCCGCCGCCGCCGUCGCCGUGCUGGACAGCGUGGUGCAGGGCACCGGCCCCGCCUGCGAGAAGCGCAACAUACAGUUGCAGCCGGAGCAGCUGGACUGCGGAGCGGCGCAUCUGCAGCACCCGCUGGCCGUCAUGAACCCUGUCACGGCCACGCCGCUCUUCACCUACAACGGCCUCACCUCCGUGGCGGUCGCCAGCGUCCACAACUACACGGUGGUGUUCCUGGGCACGGCGAGCGGCGGGCUCCUGAAGAUUAAUCUGGACAGUUCCAUGAAGAUCAUUAGCAGGAGAUCCAUUUCAGUGGCUUAUGGAGAGCCUGUUCAUCCUAUCAUGCAGUUUGAUCCUUCUGAUUCCAGUUACCUCUAUCUGAUGACAUCCUAUCAGAUGACUCGAGUGAAGGUGGCUACCUGCAACCAGUAUGCGACUUGUACGGAGUGCCUGGCUGCAGCUGAUGCGUAUUGUGGGUGGUGCACUAUGGAGACCAGGUGUUCGCUGCAGCACGAGUGUGCAAAUUUCACUGAGGCCAAUUUCUGGGCGAGUGCAAGCGAAGGAGUGCAGCAGUGCCCUUCCAUGACCAUCUUGGAGUCCGAAAUAAAUAUCGACAAAGAGAACCCGGCUCUGAUAAUACAAAUAAAUGGGACAAUCCCAAACCUGAAUGGAACAAACAUAUCAUGUGAUUAUGGGAAUAAUAUCCACACGGUAGCCAGAGUUGCCAGAGAUGAUGUAAACCAAUUCAUUUAUUGCAGUUUACUUCCACGAGAAAAAUAUCCAGCAUUUCCAGACAACCAAGAUCACGUGAUCGUCGAAACUGCUCUCCGGGUCAACAACAAAAAUAUUAUCUGGGCCAAUUUCACCAUCUACGAUUGCAAAAGAACUGGAAACAUUUACCCAAAGAGAGUAUGCACCAGCUGCCUCUCAACCCGAUGGAAGUGUUACUGGUGCCCCUCGAAGUACAUGUGUGUCUCCAACCACUCACAAUGUGAGGAUGCGCUGCAGAUGAAAGAGAAAAUUGACUGUCCACGGAUUGUACCUGCCCCUUUAGAGCCAGUGCCCACAGGAGCUUCUCAAGACAUUAUAAUCUCACUGGCCAAUGCGACUUUCCCAAAGGAGACAGCCCUCGAGUGCCAUUUUGGAACUGAGCGGACGUUCGAAGCCCAGUGGGUGAACUCCUCCGCUGUUCGGUGCAGCCACGUGCUGCUCCACACAUCAGAAAAAAGCCAUCUCUUCCCAGUAAGCCUUCAGCUGAAGGAUAAACCAGACAGAUUUAUUGACAGUCCAGAGAUGAUGACAGUGGAGGUCUAUAACUGUGCAACUGGAAGUGCUGACUGUUCUCAGUGUCUGGGGAGAGAGGACCUGGGACACCGGUGCAUCUGGAGUGAGAUCAGCUCCAGCUGCAGGCUAAACACUGAAUCCUCCCAGGCUUCAGAUGUGUGCCCAGCUCCUGAAGUUAAGAAGAUUGAGCCCCUGAGUGGGCCCCUGGAUGGAGGAACUCUGCUCACAAUACGAGGAAGGAACCUGGGCCGCAGGUUCAGCGAUGUCAUUAAUGCUGUGAAGAUAGGGAGUGUGAAGUGUGUGCCACUCAGAGACAGAUAUGUGGUCUCUGAGACGAUCGUAUGCCAAACUGGAGAAGCUCCGGAGGUUUUUUCUGAUGUGGUAACAGUUAAUGUGAGCCGGGAAGGCAAGUCCAGGGAGCGAUACUCCUAUGUGCUUCCCACGGUGCACUCCAUAGCUCCACCGAAUGGCCCGAAAGCUGGAGGAACAAGAGUAACCAUCAAAGGAAGCAGGCUGGAUGUUGGCUCUGAGCUCCAUGUCCUCGUCAAUAACUCCAAACAGUGCACUGACCUCAGUCGCAACGAUACCACUAUCACAUGCACCAUGCCAUCUGUGGAACUCACCACAGCUGUGCGAGUCUGCAUCCAGUUUGAGAACAAGUCCUGUGCCAACUACAAUAUCACGUUCAAGUAUGAGAAGAAUCCGGUUAUAACAGACAUCAACCCUAAAAAGAGCCAGAUCAGUGGGGGGAGGAUCAUCACCCUGGAGGGACAAGGCUUUGAAUUGGUACAGAAUGCCUCAAUGGUGGUACGUGGCAUCGGCAGGGAGCAAACGAAUUGUAAGGUUCACGCAGACACUGUGAUUACCUGCCCUUCUCCAGCUGCCUCCAACAUCACUAUGGGGAGCAAGCCAGCACCUGUAGAUUUCUAUCUCAAUGGUCGCCUCUAUGCAGAUGACCGUCCAGCUCUUGAUGAGGAGAUGUACCCAGAGGAGGUUCUGCACAUCAGCAAAUUCAGCCUCGAGUACUAUGCUGACCCCCAGUUUUUCACAGCCAAGAAGGAGAAAUGGAUCAAGCAUCAUCCUGGCGAGCCCUUAACUCUGGUUAUACAUAAAGAGCCUGACAACCUAGGCCUGGAAAGCAAUGAGUACCAAGUGAAAAUUGGCCUUAUCUCAUGUGAGAUCCAGAUUGUUUCUGACAAAGUCAUUCACUGCUCGGUCAACGAGUCACUGAGCACUUCGGAAAGACAGUUACCUGUGACGAUCCAGGUUGGGAAGUUCAACCACACAAUUGCCAUGCUACACCUUGGGGGAGGAGAGACUGCAAUCAUCGUCUCCAUUGUCAUCUGCAGUAUAUUGCUGGUCCUGUCUGUUGUAGCUCUCUUUGUGUUUUGCACAAAGAGCCGCAGAGCAGAGCGCUAUUGGCAGAAAACUUUGCUCCAGAUGGAAGAAAUGGAGUCCCAGAUCCGAGAGGAAAUCCGCAAAGGUUUUGCUGAGCUGCAGACAGACAUGACAGACCUGACCAAGGAGCUAAACCGCAGCCAAGGGAUCCCGUUCCUGGAAUACAAGCACUUUGUCACCCGGACAUUCUUCCCCAAAUGUUCUUCACUCUAUGAGGAGUGCUACGUUCUGCCUUCCCAGCAGCUUAACUCCCAGGUGGGGUCUCAGGUCCAAGAAACUCAUCCACUCCUGGUAGGGGAAUGGAAAAUUCCUGAAAACUGCAGACCCAAUAUGGAAGAAGGAAUCUCACUGUUCUCCACCUUGCUCAACAACAAGCACUUUCUCAUUGUGUUUGUCCAUGCUCUUGAACAGCAGAAGGACUUUGCUGUUAGAGACAGGUGUAACCUGGCCUCCCUGCUUACUAUUGCAUUGCAUGGGAAACUGGAGUAUUACACUAGCAUCAUGAAGGACCUCUUGGUGGAUCUAAUAGAUGCUUCGGCUUCCAAAAACCCCAAGCUGAUGCUGAGGAGAACUGAAUCUGUAGUGGAGAAAAUGCUCACCAACUGGAUGUCCAUCUGCAUGUACAGCUAUCUCAGAGAGACGGUUGGAGAGCCAUUCUUCCUGUUGAUCUGUGCUAUCAAGCAGCAAAUUAACAAGGGCUCCAUCGAUGCCAUCACAGGGAAAGCCAGGUACACCCUCAACGAAGAGUGGCUCCUGAGGGAGAACAUCGAGGCAAAGCCGAGGAACCUCAACGUCUCUUUCCAAGGCUGUGGGAUGGAUUCCUUGAGCGUUAGGGCCAUGGACACAGACACGCUCAGUCAAGUGAAAGAGAAGAUUCUGGAAGCCUUUUGCAAGAAUGUCCCAUAUUCCCAGUGGCCAAGAGUAGAAGACGUUGAUCUUGAGUGGUUUGCCACAAGCACUGACAGCUACAUCCUCCGGGACCUUGACGAUACCUCUGUGGUGGAGGAUGGCAGGAAGAAACUGAACACAUUAGCCCAUUACAAGAUCCCUGAAGGGGCGUCACUGGCUAUGAGUUUGUUGGAUAAGAAGGAUACUACACUGAGCAGAGUGAAGGAUUUGGAUACUGAAAAAUACUUCCAUUUGGUUCUCCCGACUGAUGAAUCAACCGAACAUAAGAAGUCCCACAGACAGAGCCAUAGAAAAAAAGUCCUUCCGGAGAUCUACCUGACUAGGCUGCUCUCCACAAAGGGCACGCUGCAGAAGUUCCUGGACGAUUUGUUCAAAGCCAUUCUCAGUAUCCGAGAUGAUAAGCCGCCUGUGGCCGUGAAGUAUUUCUUUGACUUCUUAGAGGAGCAAGCAGAGAAAAGAGGGAUCACAGACCCUGACACUAUGCACAUCUGGAAGACCAACAGCCUACCUCUGAGGUUUUGGGUCAACAUCCUGAAGAACCCCCAGUUUGUCUUUGACAUUGACAAGACAGACCACAUAGACGCGUGUCUCUCUGUGAUAGCCCAGGCCUUCAUUGACGCCUGCUCCCUAUCUGAUCUGCAGCUGGGCAAGGACUCCCCAACCAAUAAACUACUGUAUGCCAAGGAGAUCCCAGAGUAUAGGAAAAUAGUGCAGCGAUACUAUAAGCAGAUUCACGACAUGCCCCCACUCAGCGAGCAGGAGAUGAACGCACACCUCGCCGAGGAGUCCCGGAAAUACCGGAACGAGUUCAACACCAACGUCGCCAUGGCAGAGAUAUACAAAUAUGCCAAGAGAUACCGCUCCCAGAUAGUGACUGCGCUGGACUCCAACCCCACGACGAAGCGCACUCAGCUCCAGCACAAGUUUGAGCAAGUGAUUGCGCUCAUGGAAGACAACAUCUACGAGUUCUGCAGCGAAGCCUAGGCUGGCUGCAGCCCUGGAAGUGACCUUCUGUACAGUGCACUGCCAUAGGGAACAUGCCUUUGACUGUGGAUACACCUUGGAUUACAUCCCAUCAGGGUCAUUCUGAAACCAGCCUGGUGGUGAGGGUGGGCCUGGCCCAUGGCUGGAGGGCUCCCUCACGUAAUAAGAAACCACAAGACACCUUUAUGAAUAGCUUGAAAACCCUCUGAUCUGCACUGUGGCAGCCAUAAUUUAUUUGCUGUUUCAAGCCAGAAAUGGAGGCAUGAGACUUGUGGCAAACUCUGUUAACCACUUCUUUCUAAUCAGCUCCUGAGCAGUCAGCUCUCUGCAUUCCUGUUUCCAGAGGAGGCUCCUCAUGGACAAGAGACCAGGCUGCAGAAGCUGUAACAACAGAUGCAAAGCAGAAGCGUAGCCUCAGGGAGUAACAAGCAAAGAUGGCAAAGGCUGUCAGAGCAAUGGCAGAGCUCCCUUCCACACUAUCCCUCUGAUAUCUGUGUGUUUCCAACACCAGGGACUCUCUCAGCUGUUCACUAUCUGCUGCAUUCUGUGUAUUUUUGUGCCUUUUAUUUUUGUACUGUAUGUGUAAACAUAACCACUCCUUCAUCUGAGACUUGGGCAACACAGGGAUCUUGGGGCUGAGACAAAGCAAUUGCUUCCUAAGUAGCUAAGACAUGUUAAAAGCACUUUAUCCCCUGAUGGAAACAGCUGAUACCUAGCUGGAGGGAGUGUGUGUUAGACAGUGUUAGGAAGGCGGUUCCCCUUUCCUCAAGGUUCCCAGAUCCAGGUGCACAGUGGACUAGUUUGCAGUGGAGUUGGCAAAUGCCCCCCUAACACACUACCCUUCAGCCAACUGGUCACAGGCAUCAUUUCUGCCCAGGAGCAGGAAACCAGACCUAAGGAAGAGAGGUCUCUUCCCUUAUCGCUAACUGUGGUCUCCUGCCUUAGCAGGUGCGUGAACGCACACAGCCUGGACUUAGGGUCAGCCCAGGGUAACACAGAUCACAUCAACAAGAGUCAGCUCCUGCUGAUGCUACUCGGGCAGAGCGGAGCAGAGCUGUGUGCAGGGCAGGUCGCAGGCAGCACCUCCCCACGCACACCCUGUGGGCAGGCCAGCCGGCAGCAUGGGCACAGCCGGCAGCACAGGCAGCUGAGCCUGAAAGCACCUAAAACAAGGACAGUGUGACAGGGGUCUGUUUCUAAACCAGCUUGUUUGCUUACUCUGGCCCAGCAUCCCAUGGUUCUCACCUGUGAGAAACCAAGAGAGUGCAGCAUUGUGGCACGUCUAGUCUUUGCUCUGGGCACGAAGGCAAAGGGAACAUCACCUCACUCGCCAUUCCAGCACAGUGCACACAUGCAGGCCAGCAGAACAGCUCCAGCAUCACAACCUGCAAGCAAAGAUAGAAAGCAUGAUACUUGCUCAUUAAACUGGUACCAGCACACAGCGCCCCACUGCAGAGGCUAACAGGGCACCUCUGAGACCCAGAAACUGCACUGCCAUCCCUCUGCGUUUGCUCCCCCAUCCCAGCUUCCGUGGCCCAUUUUCCUGCCUGCUGGCAGCUCCUCCUGCCUUUCUGCAGCCAGGGGAGCCGUGACACCUUCAAUCUUCCCAGUGGAAUUAAGACCUCCUCUUUACAUGCAGGGCCAAGCUAAUACCGCAUGUUGAAGCCAGAGUUCACAUGCAGGCCAAGGCAAUUUGCCCACAAAAGCUAAACCUGUAGGCACUACAUUUUCAAACUGCCAAAUACAAGGAGAAAAAACAAACAAAACUGUUACUACCUCACUCCAGGCAGGGUCUUAAGGGGAGCCUCCAUUACUCAUCCAGCUGGCAAGGAUGCAACCUGGUAUCACAUCACUUUGGUCCACCGAAACUCCUCCUGGGUGACUCAUUGCUGCAGACAGGUGUCCUCCAUCCCAGUUUCAGUAAUGCCGCAAGCAUUUGUCAGAAAUCAGAACACCAGAAUUGUGUGUGUAUAUAGAUAUCUAUUUUAAAAACAAAUGAUAGACUUUAUCCAGUACAUUAAGGGCAGGGGCUAGGGAGGGGAGGGAAAGGGGAGGAACAGAUUUUUCUUUUUAAUAGAGCUACAGAAAAAGUACAUACACUGUGUUAAUGUCUUUGCUGAGGGUGUGGCAUCAGAAUAGAAAUUUUAAGAAUGUAGCUGGGCUACAUUUUAUUUUGAAAGUAAUUUCAAAAAAAGAUUCUUGAACUUUUUUUCCUUUAGAAACUGUGAAUAGCUGCCAGAGAUAUAGGCAGGCCCAGUACAGGAAAGGUGAGAAGAAUUAAGGUUGCAGAGAAAGUUGAGCUUGGCUGGGGGGUAGACAGGGCCAUGGAGCAAUAGCCCAUGUUGCUGGAAGGGAAGGAUACGGGUGAGCUGGCAGCAAGUGCAACUUGCCUCCAGGUGAUGUGACUGGGCCAUGUAUUGGGCCUGUUGCUUUAUUAUUUAAAUUUUUCCAAAGCAAGAACAAAAGUAAAAAAGUAGUUGCUACGACCAUUUCAAAGGAACAACUUUUUAAAGAAACAGAAGCUUGAGGGUUUGUAGCGCUGCCUUGAACCCCAAGCCCCAUGUAACGUUUCUGAACUUUGGCAUGUGUUGUGGGUGUCGUGCCCUUACCUGCUGUUGUUGUGGAAGUGGCAGACUCUUGGAAAAAACCUAUCUUUGUAAUAAAACAAGGUGCUGAA